AUGGUGAGGAAGCAUGGCCAGCAGAGGCUAGCAGCAGCAGCGUGCAGCAGCAGCACAUCCAACUCAACCGCACACAACCUGCUUCGCUGGAGCUUUCGUCGAUAUUCAUCCGCCUCGCCUCAACACCACACGCCUGCCAGUCGAGCAGCCCAUCGAUUCUGCGGCGAAAUCAAGGUCCCGCCAUCGUUCUCGAGGCAGGCCCCAUCGUCCUCGACGCACGACAAUCGACGCUCGACGCACGACGCUCGACGCUCGACGCUCGACAAUCGACCCACGACGAUCCGGCCGAGGAACGCGGCCGACGCACGCUUGCCCGCCGUCGCCCGCGAGCAUCUGCUGCGGCAGCCCGGUUCCGACUGGAGAUCCCCCGCUGGCCUCUCCAUGAUCUCGCCCCCGUGA